CCCCGUGGGUGCGCGAGCCGCCUCCGCCCGCGUUCUGGAGCUGGGAGGCUGCAAGAAUCGUGCUGCUGUCGCCGCUUUAGCUGCUGCGCUAGCCGCCAGUUCCUCCUGAGCCGCUGCUGAGCCGCGCCCGUAGCCGGGCCCAGGAGGCUGCAGACGCAGCCAGGAGCCCGCAGUCCGCUCUUCGAUCCCGCCGCAGCCCUUCGAGGGCUCCCCCGGCAGCGCCAUGGUGAAGGUGACGUUCAACUCGGCUCUGGCCCAGAAGGAGGCCAAGAAGGACGAGUCCAAGAGCGGCGAGGAGGCGCUCAUCAUCCCCCCCGACGCCGUCGCGGUGGACUGCAAGGAUCCAGAUGAAGUGGUACCAGUUGGUCAAAGAAGAGCCUGGUGCUGGUGCAUGUGCUUUGGACUAGCGUUUAUGCUGGCGGGUGUCAUUCUGGGAGGAGCAUACCUAUAUAAAUACUUUGCUCUUCAGCCAGAUGACGUGUACUACUGUGGAAUAAAAUACAUCAAAGAUGAUGUCAUUUUAAAUGAGGCUUCUGCUGAUGCCCCAGCUGCUCGCUACCAAACGAUUGAAGAAAAUAUUAAGAUCUUUGAAGAAGAAGAGGUUGAAUUCAUCAGUGUGCCUGUCCCAGAGUUUGCAGAUAGUGAUCCUGCCAACAUUGUUCAUGACUUUAACAAGAAACUCACAGCCUAUUUAGAUCUUAACCUGGAUAAAUGCUACGUGAUUCCUCUGAACACUUCCAUUGUCAUGCCACCCAGAAGCCUGUUGGAGUUACUCAUUAACAUCAAGGCUGGAACCUAUUUGCCUCAGUCCUAUCUGAUUCAUGAGCACAUGGUUAUCACUGAUCGCAUUGAAAACAUUGAUCACCUGGGUUUCUUCAUUUAUCGACUGUGCCAUGACAAAGAAACUUACAAACUGCAGCGCAGAGAAACUAUUAAAGGUAUUCAGAAACGUGAAGUCAGCAGUUGUGUUGCAAUUCGGCAUUUUGAGAACAAAUUUGCUGUGGAAACUUUAAUUUGUUCUUGAACAGUCAAGAAAAAGUAUGGCGAAAGAUUAAUACAAUAGCAUAAACCCCACCCUUUGUAUUUUGUGCAGUGAUUAUUUUUUAAAAUCUUCUUUCAUGUAAGUAGCAAACAGGGCUUAACUAUCUUUUCAUUGCAUUAAUUCAAUUAAAACCAUUACCUUUUAAAAAUCUUUUUUUCUUCCAAGUGUGGUGUCUUUCAUAUUUGAUUAGGAAUUGUAUGAAGUCAUAGAAAAUAAUACUUUUCACCAUAGGUUUUAGGUGUUAAGAAGAAUUAAAGUUUCUUUUAAAUCAUUUAUUCAGAUUUUUAAAUUUUGCAUCUUAAAAAGGAGGGGUUAUCUAAAGUAUAAUCAUGUAACUAUAUGCAUAACUAAAAGUGGACCACAGUGACUUAUUUGUAGUUAUUAGUUGCCCUGCUACCUAGUUUGUUAGAGCAUUUGAACACAUUUUAAUUUUCCUCUAAUUAAAAUGUUCAGUAUUUUUAGUGUCCUAUUUAACUCUCUUCAGAUUAUGAUUUCCAACUUGACGUUUUAAUAUCUUAGGCACCUUCUGUAAUAUUUUAGAAAAUGUUUGGAAUUUAAGAAAUAAUUUGUGUUUCUAAUUUGUAUAACCCAUAUCUGUGCAAUGAAAUAUAAAUAUCACAAAGUUGUUUGACUA